AUGAAGGAACCGUCGUGUGGUGAGCGCCACCUGCAGGACCAGGCCUUCACCUCGGCGUCCUCAUCUAGGGGUGCCAGUCACGCUUACGUGGAAGAGGAGGGCAGCCCGCGCCACACUCAUGGGGUCUUCUGCAUCCAAGGCUGCCCUCCAGGCGACCCCCAAAGAGCCCAGGGAGCCCAAGCCGAAACACUUGAUCUAAUACAGUACAUCAAUGAAACAAAUAUGAGCGUUCAACAUCUGGCUGAUGUUCUUCAUAGGAAAACGAGGAGCAGUAACUGGGUGGUGGUGUUCAAAGCUCUGGUUACUGUGCAUCAUCUCAUGGUCCACGGAAAUGAGCGUUUCAUCCAACAUCUUGCAUCUCGACCCUCUUUCUUCACGUUACACAGCUUCCUGGAUAUAAGCGUCAUAGAAGGUUAUACGAUGUCAGCCUUCAUCAGACGGUACAGCAGGUAUUUGAAUGAAAAGUCACUCGCCUACAGACUGAUGGCAUCUGACGUUACAAAAAGCAAGAGAGGGAGAGACGGUGUGAUAAGAGCUAUGAGUACUGAACAGCUGCUAAAGACGCUUCCAGUUAUUCAAACCCAGCUGGAUGCUCUUCUUAAUUUUAAUGCAAAUCCUGAUGAACUAACUAAUGGUAUAAUACGUGCUGCUUUUAUGCUUCUCUUUAGAGAUGCUCUUCGUCUCUUUGCAGCCUAUAAUGAAGGGAUCCUUAAUCUGCUAGACAAGUUUUUUGACAUGAGGAAGAACCAGUACAAGGAGAGUUUGGGGAUUUACAUCAACUUCCUCGAAAAAACCACCAAAUUGACACAGUUCCUGGAGGUUGCAGAGCAAGUUGGAAUUGACCAGAGCAACAUUCCAAAUCUUAUUCAGCCACCCCGGAGUUUACUUGAAGCACUAAAACAGCAUUUAGCUUCUUUGGAAGAGAAAAACAUUUCACCACCUUGCAGCAAGACGACGGUCGCUGAGAGGGAGCGUGCGGGAGAAGCGCAGGCACAGCCGGGCUCUACUCAGUGCUGGACACUCGAGGCCAGGAAGCAGCCGCACGUCGUGCAGAUAAAGCAGUUGCAGGAAGCGGGGCCGGAUCUCGCCAGCACAAAACGGUUUGUUAAGGAGCCCGUGCUUGCAACCUGA